UGUUGUUUGUGUUGUGAAAAACAUGUGGUGGUGUCAGUUGCUUUCAUGAAAAGUAUUAGUAGUGUUCUUCAAAAUUAUUUAUGUAUUUAAUCAGUCACCAACUGUAACGAAUUGAAACAAAUUUUAUAAAGGUACCUAACUGUUAAAUCUUAUUCUACGAACAUUGUGUUUCAGCAGACUUUUUGGUUAAAAAUAUUUGAACAUCAACAUGUCUAGAGCUCUCAAUCUUAUUUCACAAAUAGUAUUACAAAAGCCGCAGCCGAGUUUUGGAUCUGUAAGAUUAUAUGCUAGAUGGAUGAACAGGAAUCCGGCUAAGGUUCUGCUGCCGUUUGAGCCCGAAAGUAAACCUAAUCUGAAGAAGGAGAAGGUGAUAAGUUUGGAUCCCUCAAGUUUUAAAAAGUUUGAGGAUAAGCCACAAGUGCCUAAACAACCGGAAGAGGCUGCCCCUAAAGUAGCCCAACCUCAAAAGAAGCCCAAAGAAAUUAAGUCCAAAAGAGAUGAAGUAUUGAAGAAGAGACUCUUUUAUCUUAGUCAGAAAAAGGUGUUUGAUGAUAAUAAUGAUAUUAUUUUCGAAAAGCUGAAAGAAAAUGAUGGUCGGAUUAGUAAUCUCCUUGUGAAGUUGAAGUCUAAAAAAGACAGACAACGUACGGGACAGGUGUUGGUUGAAGGCUGGAGGAUGAUCGUCGAUGGCUUGGAAGCAAAAUGUAAAUUAAAUUAUGUUAUAUUCAGCCAAACUGAAGACUUAAACAAUUUGAGGCCAUUUUUGCCUAAAACAGGAGUAGUAUUUUAUAAAAUACCUUACAAAGAGAUCAAAUUAUGGUCAGACUUGGAGACAUCCCCAGGAUUAUUUGGUGUAUUUGAAAUGCCAAAACCGGAGAAUGUAAAACAAUUAUCAAAACCUUUGCCAUUCAGUUUAAUAUGUGACAAUAUUAGGGUACCUGGCAAUUUGGGAGCCAUUCUCAGGGUAGCUGUAGGAUCUGGGUGUGGAAAAGUUCUUCUUUCUAAAGGUUGUGUAGAUCUUUGGGAUCCAAAAGUAAUCAGAAGCGCAGCUGGUGCUCAUUUCCGACUACCGAUUCACAGCUCUGUUGAGUGGGAAGAGAUGCCAAAAUUGCUUGAAGAAGACACAUCAAUAUUCAUUGCUGACAGCAAUGCCAGGGUUUAUGAGGAGACCUCAGAUAGCCUUGUAGAGGAUGGGGAUAUUCCAGUUUUACCAUACUAUGGUGUUCAGUUUCCUUCUUUCAAGCAUGUCACCCUGAUAAUUGGUGGUGAGACUGAGGGGAUCAGUGAGAACAGUUAUGAGCUAGCAGCACAGAAGAAUGGUUUAAGGCUUAAUAUACCACUCCAAAGAGGAGUAGACAGUCUUAACACUGGAAUGGCGCUGUCGGUUAUUGCGUUCGAAAUCAGGAGGCAGCUCAUAGAAGCUUGGACCAAGGCCAAAAACGACAGAACAGCCGCCCAUGCCACAUAAGGAAUUAAUUGUUGCCCAUUGUAAAUAGUAUCUCAUGUAGAAUAUAGUGCUAUUAUACUAAGAUAUAAAUGUG